AUGUCGUCGUUUUUAACGCCCACCAAGAAGUCGCAAAAGCCCCAAACCAAGUCGAAGCCAUUCCAACCCCCAAACCGAAUUCGAGCGAUUCGCGAACAAGCUGAACGUCAGCAAGCCAAUGCCGCUGCUGCUGCCGCCAAUGCUGCUGCUCAAGCACAACUGAACCGCGCCAGACCUGCUACCGUCGCCGUCUCCAAGGGCCCGCAAUGUCCGAACAAAGCAUGUGUCAAGCCCAACGUCGUCGACGGCGUCUGCCAGACCUGUGGUCGUGUCGCUGACGACAGCAACAUUGUCGCCGAGGUUCAAUUUGGCGAGACUUCCUCCGGUGCUGCCAUGGUCCAGGGUAGCUAUAUUGCUGCCGACCAAGCUGGUGUCCGGACCCUUGGCCCUGCCUUCCGCCGUGUUGGUGGCUCCGACGACCGAGAGAAGUCCAUCCGCGAAGCCCGUUCCCUUAUGCAGGGUUACGCUCAUCAGCUGAAUCUUGGCGAGAACACGGUCAAUACUGCCGUUCAAAUUUUCAAGCUCGCCUCGCAAGCCAACUUUGUUCAGGGUCGAACUUUGGUUAUGGUAGCCGCAGUGUGUCUAUACGCUGCUUGCCGUACGGAAAAGCCUUGCCGCAUCAUGCUCAUGGACCUUGCCGAUCUCACACAGUUGAACGUUUUCAAGCUUGGCCGAGCCUUCAAAGCACUCAAUGCCACUGUCUUCAUCUUCGACAACGGCGAAGGACAAGUUUUCCCCGAAGAUCUCAUCUACCGGCUGGCAAGCAAACUUGAGUUCAAGCACAUGACCAACCGCGUUGCCGAAGACGCCAUCCGCCUGGUGCAGCGCAUGAAACAAGACUGGAUUGUCAUGGGCCGUCGACCUUCUGGUAUCUGCGGCGCUUGUCUUCUGAUGGCAGCGAGAAUGCACAACUUCCGCCGAACUGUCAGGGAAAUCGUUUACCUUGUGAAGGUGACCACACAUACCAUCCAAGAGCGUCUAACAGAGUUCAAUGUGACGGACGCCAGUAAGAUGACGGUGGAGGACUUUUUGGCCCAGGACUUCAGCUCCAACUCACACGACCCUCCGUCCUUCUACAGGAACACCGAAAGCUGGCAAAAGAAGCAAGAGGAGCUGGGCAAGAAGCGCAAGCGUGCUGUUACAGAUGACGGAGAGACCGUACGGGCUACACCGGCACCACUGCCUCCGCCUCCUGAUCUGUCAUCUGCCCCCGCAAUCGAGUACCGCCGCGACAAGGACGGCUACAUCAUUCCUCCAUUGCCGUCCAAGAUUCAACAAGAUGAGCCCGCACUGCGUGACGCGAACAGCAAACAACACUUGGAGACGCUAGCCGAAGAGUUUGGUGAUGCAACGACAACGAACGAUGAAUCUUCGCAAGCAGAACCGGAGGCCGAAAAGACCACAAAGGCCAAGCCGAAGCUACCGAUCAACGAAGCAUGGGAGCAGGACGAGAACGAGAUGGAAGAACAAAUCUCAGAAAUCAUGAACGACCCCGAGACAUACGAGCACGCCAAGGCAUUCAGCAACGCUGAACAGCGAGCACGCAUCCACUCCAUCUGGGCACUACAACAGCAGCCUGACAAGGCCGUUUCGAUGGCUCCGGUGGUGGGUGAAGACGAAUUUGCCGACGACCCCGAGGUCCUGAACUGCUGCUUGACCCCCGAAGAGAUCAAGAUCAAGGAGCUUCUUUGGGUCAACGAGAACAAAGAUUGGCUGCGCCAAUCUCAGGAACGACUCUUCCGCAAGAAGCUCGAGGGCCAGAAGGAGAAGCCCACCCGGAAGCGUAAGAAGAGGCCUCGCAUUGGCGAGGGCCAGACAACUCCUGCAAGUACCCCCGGAGAGGCUGCCGUGAACGUCAUGAAAGAACGUGGCUUCUCGAAGCGUAUCAACUACGACGCCAUUCGGCAAAUGUUUGAUGUCCCUGAUCGCGGCGACCCUGGAUCUCGACCAGAGAGCGAAGCUGCCAGUCGCCCGACCAGCAAGGCCCCCAGCGUGCUUGAUGAUCCCAUCGCUGAUGACGAGAGUGACCACAUGGGUGGCAGUGGAGACGAGAUGGACGACCAUCAAGACGACGAGUUCGGGGGCGGUGAUGACUACGACGACAUGGGCGACGAGUCACACAUGUACGAUGACGACGAUCAGGGUAUGGGCGAAGAUGAAGACGAGGAUGACUUCGGACUAAACGACGACGACGAGUAG